CAGGUAAAAGUGGUUUCAUCUGUAACCCGGUAGAUGUUUCGUUCUGACUGAAGUACUUCCUUUCCUGUGGCAGUCAGCAACUGAAGAUGGCAAAGAUUAAGGCCCGAGAUCUGCGUGGCAAGAAGAAAGAGGAGCUGCUGAAGCAGCUGGAUGACCUGAAGGUAGAGCUGUCCCAACUGCGUGUUGCCAAGGUCACCGGAGGAGCUGCUUCCAAGUUAUCAAAGAUCCGUGUGGUCCGCAAGUCCAUUGCCAGAGUUCUGACUGUCAUCAACCAGACUCAAAAAGAGAACCUGAGGAAAUUCUACAAGGGCAAGAAAUACAAGCCCCUGGACCUGAGGCCCAAAAAGACCCGUGCUCUUCGCCGGCGGUUGAACAAGCACGAGGAGAGUCUCAAGACCAAGAAAAUGCAGAGGAAGCAACGUUUGUACCCCAUCCGCAAGUUUGCCGUAAAGGCAUAAAAGCUGUUUUCGCAGUGCAAAUAAAGGCCCAAAAGUGGAAAAAUAAAA